UUGAAAACGUUUGAUCACCGCAAAUCGUUCGCCGAAGUGCCCAAGUGUUGCCAACAAGCGAAAGUUUAGUCCCAACUCGCCCGCCCGUCAAAAGUUGCCAGUGAAUUUUUUUGUAAUUUAAUUACACGCUCGUAAAGCAGCACAAGCAGUUUCGAAAACAAAAUAUAUAAAAUGGCUUUCAAGGUUAUUUUCGUUCUUGCCGCUUUGGUUGCCUGCGCGCAUGCCAGACCCGGCGGCCCAGCGGCCUACUCCAUCUCCGCGCCCAGCGUAGACCACGCCUCCGUGGGCAGCUCACAGGAGCACACCGUCAAGGGUCACUACGGCCAGUCCUCGCAGUCGGAGUACUCCAGCGCCGUGCAGACCGCGCAUUCGCAAUCGCACGUGCAACGUUCGAGCAUCAGCAAUGACGCCGCCCUCGCGCCACAUGUUGGUGGUCAUGUCAUCGCCGCCGCCGCGCCCAUCGCUCAUGCUUAUGCCGCGCCGACCGCCUACGCCGCGCAUGCGUACACCGCCCCAGCGGCCACCAUCAGUCAUGGCUAUGCGGCACCUGCUCUAGCGCUGGCGCACUCUGCGCCCGCUCUCUCGCAUGGCAUCACCUACGCCGCGCCAGCUGCGAGCUAUCACGCUCCGGCUUACAGCGCGAGCUACCACGCUCCAGCUUACAGCUACGCAGCUCCAUCGUAUAGCUACCAGGCGCCAGCUAUACAGUAUGCCGCUGCCACCGCGCCCGCCGCCUAUGGACAUUACGCCGCCGCUCCUGCCGCUCUCUCGCAUAGCUAUGUCGCUGCUGCGCCCGCUGCCACCUUGAAAUAUGCUUCGGCACCUGCUUAUGUUGCACCUGCAGUCCUUGGACAUGGUUUACCACUCGCUGCCCCCGCCUUGGCACCACUCGCUGUUAAGACCCUCGCCGCACCCGCUUUAGUGCAUACCGCCGUCGCUGGGCAUGGCGUGCAUUACGGUUACUAGGCAGACACAGUUAAGCGAACCGGAGCGUUGGGAGCGACGGAGAGUAGGAGUGAGUGAGAGAGCAGCCGUAAUGAGUGGAGACGGAAGCGCUGAACGCGAAGCGACAGCACGCCAACGUCGUGACACUAAAUAACAAAACAAAAAUAAAAAUAAAAAAUUAAAAUAAAAACUAAAAUAAAAAUAAAAAUAAAAAUAAAACACGAAGCAAAGCAGCAAAUAAGAAAAGAAGAAAACAAAAUAUUACACAAAUAUGCAGGAUAACAGCAGGAAAUUACAACAAGAACACAAACACAAUAAAGCAUUGCUCAACUACAGCCACGUGCAACAACGACCCCUGCAACAACAACAACAACAACAACAGCAACAAACACCACAACAAUGAAUAACAAUUAAAACAGCACAAAACAACAAUAAAACACGCAUAAAUGGCGAACAAGCAAAAACAACAAAAGUGACGAAAAAAAUGUCAGUGGCAGCGGAAGCGCUGGUAACAACAAGUGGGGGUGAGGUGAGUUGCAAAAAAAAUGAGGCGAGAAAGCGCAUGCAUAAUUUGUAAAUAACUUUCGUUAUAUUUUGCGUGUAAAAAUGUGGCAACAACGGCGCAAAAGUUGACUGCAACAACAAGAACAGAAAAUAAUGUUGCAACAAACAACAACAUGCACCUACAACACAACCGCAAGCAGUGCACACAUUCGCGUUGUCAAUAUAGGCGCAGCACAGCAAUUUACGCCACAACGCCUAAAAGUAUGCAACACAAUUUACAACGCGAGCGGAAAAUUACAAAAGCCGACCGCAUACCGCCGUUACACAGAAACAAAUGCAUGCAUGUGUGCGCGCUGCAUUCACUGGCUGUCGCAUACCGCUGCCGCCUCCCCCUCGCUUCGCCUGGUAUUUCGAUUUUCACUGUUCGAUUGCCUUCCGCCGUGAUUUGCAUUUAUUUUGUGGGCGCAGUUUUUUCGCACGAAAUUCCCGGCAACAAUGUCAUUUUGUGCCACAACGCCUCACUGUUCGCCAAUGCACUCGUGCAUAUCAAUAUUCGUGUGUGUGUGUUGCGCCAAAGCCUCCGAACAUCACGCCAAUUCGCCAAUCCAUUCAUUGUUAUUCUCUCCAUUUAUGUUUAUACUCGAUUUGUGUAAGUUGUUUUUAUCGCGGUUAAAUUUUUUAUUUUCAUUUGUCAAUUUUAUGUUUGUCAAAUAAUAAUAAUAAUACAUAAAUACAUAAUUCACUUUCUCUACACAAUGCGCAUUUCACCUUUGUUUGCGAUUUCUUUUUGUAUAUUAUUUCCCUAUAUUGUACGAAUUUUC